GGAUAUUGGAACUCUUUUACAGCUGGCUCGAGUGCUAGUGCUCCAGCCACCAAUGUACCAAAAUCCUCUCUAAUGUUAGUUUGCCUGUUCCACGGUUCUACACAUAUGGCCAGACUUGGGGCCUCUUUUCUGGCUUUCUUCACGCUAUCCUUACUACGGCCUACAUGCGGGAGAUCCUUCAUGAGCACGGGCGCAAGCAGAGUCGACAAGGACCUCCGAAAGAACCACCUUGCAAGUGCAGGCAGAUCAGAAGAUGUUUUCAUAUUUGCGGACGGCAGGUCACUAGACGAUUCAGAUUGCCCACCAAAUUGUUUGAAAUGCAGCACCAAUGGAGAGUGUUUGCACUGCGCCAACUCAAAAUAUCUCAACCCUUCGAAAUGGACCUGUGAAGACAUGUGUCCUGACGGUUACUAUCCGGAAGGCACAGGUACAUCCAACCGAACCUGCACCCAAUGUGCAUCUGACUGUGCCAUUUGCUUGUCGCCCGCCAAAUGUGUGCAAUGCCAAAGCAAGUACUUGUCCCCGGCUGGGGUUUGUGGUUCUUCAUGCCCAUCUGGUUACUACGCACACACCGAAGGUACUUGCAGGUCGUGCCCAACGAGGUGUGUUUCCUGCUCUGAUUGGCAUCAUUGUGACACGUGUGUUCCAGGUGCCUACCUCACGCCCAAUCGAACUUGUGUGGUUGAUUGCGAUGAUGGCUACUACAAAGAUGAUACAGGAGCAAGCGAAAAGGAAACUGGAGGUGUUUGUACACAAUGUCAAGAGACUUGCAGUAAGUGUAUCAGCCACGAUGUUUGCACUGAGUGCCGAAAGAAGACAUACUUGUCUCCAACUGACAAUAUGUGCCGCUCAACAUGUGGAGAUGGCUUUUACCAGCGUGGGGCUGACGAAAUCGGCAACACCUGUCAUGAGUGCCCAGAUAGUUGCAGGAUUUGCACGAGUUCCAGCGCAUGUUCUUCCUGCAGUGAAGGCUAUUUUCUCACCCCAGAUUCGGCUUGUGAUACUGAAUGUCCAGAUGGCUUCUAUGCGAACAGUACAUUGCGGUCUUGCCAGCCAUGCCCAGCGGGCUGCGGAAAGUGCACCGCAGGGUUAGUCUCACCUGUUGUCUGUUUGGAGUGCAUCGAUUACAACCUCCUCUCACACAGAGGUGAGUGCACGCGCACUUGCCCAGAAGGGUAUUAUCCGCAAGCUGGCAAUGGGCACCUCGGCGGUGUUUGCGUGAUUUGCGAUCCAAGCUGCAUUGCAUGCCAAAGCAGAGAAGAGUGCACCAAGUGCAAUAUGUUGCUCUACUUAACUCCAGAAGCAAAAUGCGAAAUGGAAUGCCCUCGCGGUUGGACUUGGCGAGGAGGAUUAGACUUGAAGGAGCCAGGCGUGUGUAUGCCAUGUGGUGACAACUGUGCUGCCUGCCAAACCUUGGAGGUUUGCGACGUUUGCAAGAACCGCCGCUAUUUACAUCAGGGGCGCUGCGUGAAGUCGUGCCCUGCACGGUUUUACGGGCUGACUGCCCCCAGCCAAGGGGAAGAAGGUCGCCUUUGCAGAAAUUGCAGGGUGAAUGACUACGAGUGCUUUUCACCGAACGCCAUUGUGGGCAAGGAUCCUGAUCCAAUGUUGACAGUCAUUGCUAAAUCGCGUCAAAAUGAUUACUACUUAUAUGGAGGAGCUUGCCAUCCGAAAGCCCUUUGUCCAGUUGGCACAUAUCCUAGGCGUGGCGAAGAAACACCUUCCUGGCCUGGGAACUUCAUCGGCGGCAUUUGCGAGGAUUGUCCCCACAACUGCCUCAGCUGCAGCUCACCUUUGAGGUGCACCACGUGCAGAAGAAACACGUACCUGACUUUGGACAUGUCGUGCCAAGAAAACUGCCCAGUCGGUUUUUUUGGAGUUGGUACUGCAGAGACUGGUCGCACAUGUCAGCCUUGUUCAGCAAAUUGCAGCGCCUGCCAAUCACAAGCAUUUUGCACAAAGUGCACAAAUGGUACUUUCUUGACAGCAGACUUUUCUUGUGAAGCUCAAUGUCCUGAAGGCUUCUAUUCAAGGAGUCCAGCUGAUGGCUCGCUUGAUGGCCGCGCCUGUGAGAAGUGUUUGGGAGAUUGUCUUACCUGCGAGACGCGGUUCUACUGCACCAAAUGCAAGAACGCCGCUUACCUCACCCACAGAAAGGAAUGCAUGCCGGCUUGUCCGCCCACACAUUAUCCAGAUGGUUCCGAUGAUCGAGAAGGCAGAUUUUGCAUUGAAUGCCCCGGCACCUGUAGCGAAUGCCUGGGUCUUCAAAAUUGCACCGAGUGCAAGACAUUUCUGACUGCCCGUGGCACUUGUGAUUCCUCUUGUCAAGAAGGCCAAUACAUGGAGGAAGGCAGGUACAUGCACCACUACUGGGGGGUGAAGGUUGGUGGAGCUUGCAAGCCGUGCUCCGAAAGUUGUAAUCGAUGCUUGGGCAGUGGCUGCACGGAAUGCAACAAGUUCACUUAUCUAGAUCCAAAUGGUGAAUGCGUGGAACAAUGUCCGGAUGGUUUCUUCGGAGUUGGCAUUGAAGAACCUGGGCGAGUUUGUGCAGCGUGCCCUCCUGCAAGCGUGAAAUGUUUAAACAAGACAUUUGUCCUGGAAUGUGGAGAGGGCACCUAUUUGGAUCCAUGGAACACUUCCUGCGUCCAAACUUGCCCUGAUGGGUACUUUGGAUUGGAUGGCGAGAUGAAAGCAGGGGAAUCGAAGAUUGGUGGCGUCUGCAAGAUAUGCCCAGGCACCUGCAAGCUUUGCAGCGCAACAGCUUGCGAAGUUUGCAAGGAUGGAACUUUCUUGAACCCGUUGACUGGAAGGUGCUCUUUGCAGUGCCCCACCGACCACUACAUGAGCGGCCGUGGCGAUGAAGGCCGCGUGUGCAAAUCAUGCCCAGAAUUUGCCUCGAGCUGCGUAAACGAGACCUGGAUUUUUCAAUGUCGCGGCAACAAUCAGUACUUGGUGCCGGGAGGAGGCAGCUGCGCGACAGAGUGCCCAGAUGGCUACUACAGGCAACCGGGUGUUCAACUCGAGGUAGGUGGGCCUCUCAUUGGUGGCACUUGCGAAAAAUGCGUUGGCAGCUGUAGCGUUUGCAAAUCAGCCACAGAAUGCCUGAAAUGCCAAGGAGGCACGUUUUUGGAUCCCAUCAGUUCCGAGUGCUCCUUCACCUGCCCGACAGACCAUUUCAUGACGGGCGCAGGAGACAAAGGCAGGCUGUGCAAAGCCUGUCCCGACAACUUUGCACUUUGCAAGAAUGCAUCCUUUGCUCUUCAAUGCUGUGGGGAUCAACAGUACCUUGUUCCUGCUGGUGGCCGUUGUUCAGCAAGCUGCAUUGAUGGAUACUACCCUCAUUCAGGUGUCGCCCUGGAUGAGAACGGUCCACUUGUGGGGGGCACGUGCGAGCGCUGUGUGGCACCAUGCGAAACCUGCCUGUCCGCUACAGAAUGUAAGACUUGCAAGGGAGGUGCUUACUUGAAUCCUUUUGACUCCAGUUGUCGCUUUGCUUGUCCGGCUGGAACCUACAUGACGGGCACAGGAGACAUUGGCCGAAAGUGUGAAGCAUGCCCUCCGCAAAUGUACUCGUGCAUAAAUGCAACCUAUGCCAGCUUGUGCCGCGGGAACAAUUACUAUUUGACUGCAUUGCACACGUGUGAAAUGGAAUGUGCAGUGCUGAGAACUUUCCUUAGGACGCAUUGCACUAGUUGUCAAUCGUGCACCUUUCCAUGACUUUGAUUCCCGUGCAGCUUUGCCGGGUUUGUGCGUGCUGUGUGCUGAUGGGUCAUUUCUGUUUGUU